AUGUCAUAUAUAUUCUCACGUUUGAGAUCAUCAACUGCAAGAAUUCCAACUCAAGCCAAAUUUCAAUAUAGAAACUUUUCUCGCACAAACGUCAUCAUGGGUGUCACAAAGCAUAUCAUCAAGGAGGGUUCUGGUGCAACUCCCACAAAUGGACAGACCGUCACCAUUGAAUAUACCGGAUGGUUGAAGGACACUUCCAAGGGAGACACUCUCGAGGCCCAAAAGGGCAACCAAUUCGAUUCCUCUGUCGGCCGUGGUGCUUUCGUUGUUCAAAUCGGUGUCGGCCAAGUCAUCAAGGGUUGGGAUGAGGGUGUUACUCAAAUGAAGGUCGGUGAGAAGGCUACUUUGGACAUUACCCCUGAUUAUGCCUAUGGUGCCCGUGGUUUCCCCCCUGUCAUCCCACCCAACUCAACUCUUAUCUUUGACGUUGAGCUCAAAAAGAUCGGCUAAACACGCGAUAUUCAAAAGUUUUCGAUCAUAGACCGCCAUUAAGGCGAGAAGGCUCAGGCUCACGAAGAACGAACGAAGGAACGAGUAAAUGAAUACAUAUUGGGUGGUAGCAUAUGUGAGCCGCCCAUUAAAAGUUGAGAAUGAAUACCACGUUGUUUCUAUGAAAUCACCAUGCACUUGGGACUUUGUGAUGGUCAUCAAACCUAUGAAUAUUACAUGAGGAGUGAA